AUGGAUAAAGAAUUUUUCCAUGUUGUCAAUCUUCCCUUUGUCUAUGGUAUUAAUAAUGAUGUGUACAAACAUUGUUUGAGGACUGAGAUGAAUUAUGGAAUGGGAUUUUUACUUUGGCUCUUGAAUUGGGGUGGAGCUAGAGAGCCAUGGGAUUGGCAAGGGGAGAAUUAUAGUCUUAAUAAGACUUCUGACUUUGAAAUUUCAGAAGAUCUGUGGAAUGAUGUGCCUCAAAAUAAAGAAGAUCUUUCCUACAUGUUGGAUGAUGAAACAACCCCAGUUAAGGCUUGUGGUGAUUUGGCAUAUAAUGUCAAUAAUUGUGAUUCAGAUAAUAUGCAAAAGGAAGAUGAGGAAUGCAGAGAGACUUAUUCUCAAGCCAAGAGGCGCCGGAUGCUACAGUUUAACAGCCAAGAUAGUGAUCAGUCACUUUCCAAUGAAGAGAUGCCUUUGUCAUAUCUUCAAAAUGGGAAAGAACCAGCUAAGGAUAUUUUUCCAGAAGUGUCACAAUGGAUGUCGGGCACAUCAGAUUACACAGUAGGAAAUGCAUCUGCAUCUGAUUAUGUGAACCUGGAAUCAACCGAAACGUGGCUGGCAGAGUACUUCAAUGAUGCUGAGAUGGAUUUCAGUCCUGAUGAAUUGAAUUUUUCUGGGGCAGAUGAUGUUCAAAUUGAUGUUGCAGAGCUUAGUACGACCAUCACACCAUCACGUCAAGAAAAUGCAGUUCAAAUGCAUCAUGUUCCUCGAACCACCCGUAAUAUUAUCAUCAAAGGUAGGAAAUCUUUUAUACAUACUCCUACCAAACUUGCCUCUUCUGUGGCAUAUCCAUUUGCCUUCAUUAAACCAAGUGGUGCCCAUGGAGAUGUAACUCUGAAGGAAAUAAACCAGCGCAUUCGGACGCCGGCACAGUCGAAAUCGAAGCAAAGUGGUGAUGAUCCAUCUGCUUACCCCAAGUCAGCCUUCUCAGGGAAGCCUGUGGUUGAUAAAACAAAAAUUCGCACUGAAGGGGGAAAAGGUAGCAUCACCAUUAUGAGAACUAAAGGUUAGGCAUAAGUUGUUCACUACUAACAUUUCUCACCCAUUAAUAUGGGAUUGACUUCAUUUUCUGUAAUAUAUCUGGCAGAUAUAGAAGUUGAUACUGCAACUAUUUUCUUUCUUGUUGACAUGCAUAUAUUACACCACCUUAGUGUUUUCUUUCCAGUGGGAUCUAGAUAUAAUCUUAUAGCUGUUCUUUUUGUGGGGGGUUUUUGAUUUUGUUUUGAGCUAAGUCUGUGAUGAGAAUCUUAGAUCAUUAGUCCCCACCAUUCAUAGUCUGUAAUGACAAUUUCACUAAGCUUGCCUUAGCUUUUGUAAUUGAAUAUACAGAUUAUUUU